AUGGCUGAAAAGUCCGACAGUCCUUGCCUCCGAGAUAUAGUUCAAGAGGAGGACUACAAUGCCACGCGGUAUCCCCGUGAUCGCAGCAAUCGCUACCUCAAACAGUCUCUCAGAAUGCUGCUGAUCCUCACGAUCCUUUUCGUCGUGAUGACCAUCGGAUUCGUGCAUCUGACUAUACAGCUGGGUCGUGAGCGUGACCUGGUUCUCCACCUCGAGCAACAAAUCCAUACAUACGAGAACCACGGCAACGCCAUCAGCAAGCGUGCCAUCCCCUGGUUCCUCGGCGCAGCGUUCUGGGUCACCAACCAGGUGUUUGCAUUCUAUGGGCUGGCGACGAGCUGCAAGUCCUUCACGGACAGUGCCAGAAACGCCGCACUGUGCAUCUGGGGGGCUAUCUCGACAGCGGCCACAUUCAUUGGAGCCGCCGCCCACGGAGCUUCCACAGUCAAGCAAAUCCACAAUCGUCUGGCCCAAAAUGGGAUUUCCAUUGGAAAUUGGAAGAGAGACGAGAUCGUCACCGAGGCAGAAGCUCGGAUGAGUGAAUUGCUCCAGCUCCCUGUGAGCCUGGACGGAUUCGUUCCUCAUCACCACCCGAAGUUGGCCCGGAUGAAAUUAGCAGAGGGGACCAUGUGGCCUGUGUUCCACUUCUACAAUCACCACCAGACCGGCAUGCAUUUUACUCUGACUGCCUAUGAAGAGGAUCACGCAGUCAUGACCCUUGGAUUCGGGCACAAGAGCGACAACAGCAGUAUUGCCAAGCGUGAAUCGUACAAUGAUGAGUAUUUCUCCAAUGGCGGAAUUGACUUUACGGAUUGCUUCAAUGAUGCGCAGAGUACGUACCUGCUCAAUACUGCGUCCGACUACCAGCAGAUGGACAGGGAUAUCGAAUGCUACUUUCCGGAUUUGCAGAACACCUGGGGGGCGGAAAUCCAGAUCUAUGACUCCAACGUGAGGACGACCAUUGGGUCCGGAUCCAUUGCGGCUUACAGGGGUGGUGAUCAUGCUAGCAGCAUCAGUGUGAUGCCGGGCUAUCCGGCGGGUAUUUCCAGCUCGAUUCAAUGUGAGAGGGCAUAA